CGUUUACGGAGAAAACGAAACUUACUGUUGGUGAAGGCUGCAUAUGAAACUGAGCAGCAGACGGACGAAGAAGACGUGGAAGUUAACAUGAAAACGAGAAAGAUAUAACGUUAGUUAGUACUCUGAGCUACUUAGUGCUGGUAAUCUGAGGAGACGUUCAGGCUGCUGAGUGAUGUGUAAUGGCUGUAGCUAGACUGAACGAGAAUGCUCAGAGAGAGAGGUGGGAUCUGAAGUAUGAGGACGUUGGAUUUGUUGGCCCUGAUCACUUGAGAACAUUUACCGUCAGAGUAGUCCUGAAUGGUAAGGUGUAUCCUGAUGGUGUCGGGGCGAACAAGAAAGAAGCCAAACAGAACGCAGCCCUAAAUGCCCUGAAAGGCUUGUUGGACGAACCAAUUCACCCUACAAAAAAUACAGCAGAAGCUCCGACUGCACCAGUUCAUCAGACAAGUAUCACUCAAGCCAACUAUACAUGUUGGCUCAAUGAAUAUGGUCAUAAGAACAGGUUGAUUACAAGGGCUGUGGAGUCAACACAACCGGGACCAUAUGCUAUUCCAUGCUGUAGGUUCGUGGUUGGUGAGAAGGAGUAUCCAGCUGCCACUGGGAAAACAAGGAAGGAAGCUAAGGAGGAGGCAGCCAAGCUUGUAUAUCAUGAGAUAUGUGGUAGUAAAACUACAGAGACUGGAGAGGAGAAAUACAGCGCAGCAUCAAGUCAACAAGGAGAGGGAUUGAAGCAAAAUGUGUCGGACAUCUGUGAGGCGACAAAGAGCUUGAGUGUGAUAACAAAAGACGAAGGUUUUAUAGAGACAAAUUUCAUUGGAAUCAUCGACCACUACUGUAACAAAAAAAAACUCUCCAAUGACUACAUCUUGGUGGAUAGAAGCGGUCCAUCUCAUAUCCCUCAUUUCUCCUACAAAUUAGUGAUCAACAAGAAGGACUACCCUGUGGGUGAGGGUAAGAGCAUCAAGGAAGCCAAACAAAAUGCAGCUCAGCUGGCCUGGUCUGCUCUUCAAGAACAGACAGACUGGGACAGCAAGGUAUCUUUCAGGUCAGCUGUGUCUGAUGAUGCACCAGCCUUGCUGUCAGCGCCACCAACACUGGAUUCCCGUGAUGCAAAAUCUGAAAGGGUGCCAACGACUACAAGUGACUCAGUUGUUUUCAAGAAUUCGUCACCUCCUCCUGAGGAACAGAUUCAAAGUCCUGAUGCGAAGCCCAAAAUAAGAAUUGCAGCAAAUUUCAAGAAUGCCCACAGAAACAGCAAAGAGGAUAUGAUGCCCAAUUUCAAUGGCAAGAAUCCAGGAAAUAGUCCUAGAAAGAAAACAACAGCCCAGCCAGAGAUCUCAAGGUUUACAUCUGAAUUUGACUCCAUAGUGUGCCUCGGCAAAGGAGCCUUUGGUCGUGUUUAUAAGGCACAACAAAAACUGUUGAAGAAGAAUUAUGCUGUUAAGGUUGUCCGCUGCAAAGAGAUCAAAAAAGCUCUACGAGAGGUCAGGGCAUUAUCAGACCUCCAUGACAGCAAUAUUGUUCGAUACUACACGUGUUGGUUGGAGGAUUCAGGAUACCAAUGGGACAACGCAGAUGAUGGUGGCAGCAGUUCACAGUCUUCUAUCGAGUCAUCGAUGAAGUACCUCUAUAUUCAGAUGGAGCUGUGUGACACCAAGACACUCAGAGUUUGGAUAGACGAGAAGAAUACUCAGAACGUGAAGAAAUCUCUGCGAGACUCCAAGAGGAGAGAUGAAAGUCUAACUAUUGCUCAGCAAAUGGUCAGCGCGGUGGAGUACAUUCACUCCAAGAUGCUCAUCCACAGAGACCUGAAGCCUGCCAACAUCAUGUUUGGUCAAGAUGGGGAAGUGAAGAUCGGAGACUUUGGUCUGGUCACUGAUGAGAACGAUGACGAUGCCGAGAACCUGGUGGAGAGAACGGUGUACAAAGGAACCCCAUCGUACAUGGCUCCUGAACAAAAAAACCGGCUCACUUAUGACCGAAAAGUGGACAUAUUUGCUUUGGGGUUGAUAUAUUUUGAACUCCUUUGGAACCUCUUUACUGGUCAAGAAAGGAAAGUGAUUUGGGAUGAUGCCAGAAACCUGAGAUUUCCUGAAGGAUUUACACACAAUUUUCCCCAAGAGAACCAAAUCAUUAAGUCAAUGCUGUGUGCGAAGCCAGAAGACCGACCUGAAGCAAGUAAAAUAAAGACGGAGUUGGAGGAGCGCACUCGUACACUUACAAUGCUUAAAGACAUGCAACGCUACAGCAAGACUGUCUGAUUAUUACAAGGAAAAACUCAAACAGGCAAAAGCAUCGGUCAUCACAAUCAUCAGUAUUUGUUCAGCAUUAUUACACGGCUGUGUUGAACACUCGAUUCUGAUUGGUUAAUCACGGCGUUCUGCGGUCUGUAAUUUCUUGAUAACAGACCGUUGCUAUGUAUAACAGACCGUUGCUAUGGGCGCAGCUCUGAUGUCGGACUCUGGAGGACCGUUUUUGUGUCAAAAUAUUGAUUUCUUCAGUAAGUAGCCGUGUAAUAAGCGGGAUAAUGUACACCUAGCAGGUCAUUGUUGUGAAAGAAUCCCCUUCCUGUCGUGGAUUCUUUCACCACAAUGACCCGCUGUACAUUAUGUUUGGUUGCUGAAGGCAGUGUCUCUUUUAAUAACUGUUUUCAUGAACUGAUGUGACAAAGUGUAUCAUAAUUAUGUAUUAUUGAUGGAAAAAGGCACAUAACCUUGUGCAUUUUUAUAGAGAAUUGCGUCAUGUGUCUAAUCGGGUUUUGUUUACAUUUUAGAUUUUGUUCAAACUCUAUGCUAUUUGAGACCAAAAAUAUUUUUGCUGAAUUUUGAGAAUUGCAUAUUUGUUUUGUCCCCAAACAUUUUGUCAUUUUCACACCAUAGAAAAGGCUCAUUUUUAGGGUUCAAUAUCUUCAGAAAUAUAACUCCUAGAGCCAUGAAAUUUGGUAGGGGCACAGACAAAACAGUGUACACCAGAUCCAAAUGAUUGAAAGGCAAAAGCAGAGGUCAUAUUAUUGUCUUAUUACUGGCCCUUGAAAAUGGGAAAAAAUUUGCAAAUUGCAACCGUGGCUUUUCAUACUUUGCCAUAUAUUGAAUUCUGUUUAUGUUAAAGCCCCUGAAAUUUGGUAUAACAUCAAUCAAACACUGUAUUUUUAGCUGGAAGUAUGGAAAGGUCCACAUGUAUACUUUGUGGGACUGCCUGGGCCCCAAAACCACAGAUUUUGCUUUUUUUCUAAUUUUCAAGGGCCAGUAAUGGAAAAUAUGACAUCUGCUAGUGCCUUUCAAUCAUUUAGAUCUUAUGUACCCGGUUUUGUCUGUGCCCUUACCAAAUUUCAUGGCU